GAAAGAAGCAAAUAUGUCGGACGAUAAAGACAUGGAGAAUCCAAGUGACGAGGAUAUUGAUGAGGAUGAACUCCUCGCUAUGCUUUCACCUGACGAGCUUAGGGAGCUCCAGAGUGAGAUGGAUGUUAUUAUUGCCCCUGAUGAGAGGGUACCGGUGGGACAGAGACAGAAGGACCAGACGGAGAAGCCUCCGACGGGGACGUUCGACCACAGAUCCUUAGUUGAUUACCUCUACUGGGAGAAAGAGUCCAAACGUAUGCUUGAGGAAGAAAGAGUGCCUGCUACCCUGCUUCCCAGUGAGAAAACUUUGAGGGAGGAAACUGAAAAGAAAGACGAAGAAGAAGAUGUUGAAUAUGAAGUUAUAGAGGAAGUCAUUGAGGAAGAAGCCUUAGAUGGUGUAGACGGAGAGGAAAUUAUAGAGGAGAUCAUUGAGGAAAUUGUUGAAGAGAUUGACGAAAAGGACGAAGGGGUGGAUGUGAAAGAUGAACAAGAAGUGAAGUCACCUGUGACCACGCACAAACAUGUGGAUGUUUCAGAUGCAAGCACUGAAAAAAUACCAGAAAACAAUACAGAUGACAAACAGCCCGUUUCAGAUACAAAGAAGAAUGAGAAUUCAGACCCAAAACACAGCACAUCACAAGUUGAAGAGAAAGAGGAAAUUAAAACCACAGAAUCUUCGCUUCCCAAAGAAGCUCCAGAGGAGCCAAAGAUAAAUGACACCGAUGAUAAGCCCCCUCCAAAAGAAGAGAGAAAAAUUAACAAAUUGAAUAUUCCUAAGCUGUCACUCAAUAACAUAAAAAUGACAUCAAGACCUUCAGGAAAUGAGACAAACUUGGAGUCGACACUCGACAAAAUCCGCAACAACAACCCCUCUGUUACUGAGAUAAACCUCAACAACAUUGAAAACAUUCCCAAAGAGAUGCUCCUGGACUACGUCAACACCUUGAAGAAGAACAAACACGUAAAAACCUUCAGCAUAGCCAACACCGGAGUUGAUGAAAACAUAGCGUUCAACCUGGCCAACAUGUUACGAGAGAAUCGCAGCAUCACGACUUUGAAUAUCGAGUCCAACUUCAUAACCGGAAAGGGCAUCGUCGCCAUCAUCCGCUGCCUCCAGUUCAACGAGACUCUCACAGAGCUGCGUUUUCACAACCAGAGGCACAUGCUGGGUCACCACGCCGAGAUGGAGAUCUCACGCCUGCUCAAAGCCAACAACACCCUCUUGAAGAUGGGCUACCACUUUGAGCAGCCGGGGCCGAGGAUGGUGGUGACCAACCUUUUAACCAGGAAUCUGGACCGCCAGAGGCAGCUGAGGAAGGAGGAGCAGAGGCAGCAGCAAGCGAAGGAGCAGAGGGAGCUGAUGCAGAUGUAUGAGAACAGUCUAAACCUGCCUCCUGGUUUACUGGAGAUGCUCGGGUACGUACCGCCUCUAGAACUCCUCCAGGAGCAUGGGCUCGUCCCCCCCUCCUCAGAUGUGAGCACUGCACCUCAAACACAUCAACAGAAAGAAAAACCAGAGCCUCAGAGGAAGCUUAAACACAAGAGCGUGCCCAAACAACCCAGCGCCGCCGAACCGGCAAACGCACUGAAGGACGUCCAGCUGAAGAGGACACCCAAGAAACGCGAUCCUUUUCUGGACCUGGACCCGAGGGAUAAUAAGGGACCAGAAAGGGCAAGUUUCCAACUGAGGAAGACUCCCAAAGCAAAGAAUGUCAGCAGUGGGGAGGUGGCGGAUGAAAGAGCAAACCUGAGUGACGUCAUUAAGACUUUGAAGCCCAUCCCUCGCAGACGACAGCCACCUAAAGUUGAUCUUACACCCCGUGAUCAGCUCCUGAGUGACAUCAAAAAGAGUAACGUGGCCUAUCUCAAAUCUGUGCCGCUCCCUAAAGUCCUGGAAUCAAGUGAAACGAGUCUCCUCUGAGGUGCCAACUUGAGCUGUUUGUUCUCCUCACCAGACUGUAUGUUUAUUUUACACAUAUUCUCAAAUGAACUGUGCAAAGCAAGAGUGAAGCAGACUUUCACACAUAAGAGAUAUCGGGUGUUUGGUGUUGCUCUCUUGUGUUAAUACACUCUUUAGAUAUUCGUUACGAUAUUUUCAUCAUUUGCUAUUGCCAUCGCUCAUAUAUUUCUAAUCAUUUUGUGCUAGAAACCAGAUCUUUUAAAGUACGUUUGUUUGAUUAAAAGUUAGCUGAUUUUAUUUUAGAGAAAACUUGUUCCAUAUAUUUGCAUUUUGCUAUAAAAAAAUCUUUCACACUUUACCCGGGGAAUGUUUUUUCUUUCUUCUGCUGUUAUUAAAAUGGAAUAGCUCUCAGUGUUAAACAAAUAGGAUCCCCAGUGAAUCAUUGCAGUUACUCCCAGUUCUUCAAGGUGCACAAAAAAGACAAAUUACAUAAAUGGAGAUGAGUCAGAGUCCUGAGAAACUGUUGUGAUGCAGAUAAUUAGUCUGAACCAAUGACAGUAUGUACAAUCCUGGAGGGGAUGUUAAUUAGUUCGCUAUUCAGUAGUUUAAAUAAGCAUUUCAUUUGUUUCAGGAAUAGCCUGCAAUUUGUUUCACAGAAAUAUUAAACUUAAAAAAGACAAAAACCUGAUUUUGCGAUAAAUUAGUAGGAUCUAUAUAUUCACACUGAGUCUCAGUUGGGAAAAGAUGGCAACAUGAAUCAGGUUAUCUUUAUUUUUAUAGAGGACAGCCAUGUUUCACUUCCAGUUCUGUGACUUCAUUAUCACUUUUCAAGAAUGAAAAAAAGUCACAUAAAAACAUCGAGAAUAUAUAAUAAUAUAACAUAAACAAUCUUUGUAACCCGCCAUUUGUGAAGGUAGCAUGCACAAACUGCAGUUAGUGUGCACGUGUGGAAACGUAACAGGAAAACAGCUGCUCUUACUAUCAGGAGUAACAGUAGAAAAUGAACAACUGACAUUAUAGAUGACAGAUUAAUUCA